UCGAUGCGGAAGUGCUCCGCCUCCCCGUGCCACAGCAGUCAAGAUGAGGACGUGGAACUGCCUGCCUAGAGUGAUGUUCAAUCAAUGGCUAUUUCAAAUCCUGUUAGCGAUUUUAUUAGGUAAUGUCCAUAGAGCGACGGCCUCUCCCGAGCCCGGAAAAUGGGAAAUUACCUUUGACAACACUUCAAGACCGUUGCUGUUGAAGAAAGCCAUGUAUAAAGACACGGACAUACAGUUAAAAGUUGUGGGUGUUGGCUGUCCGGAAAUGGUGACCUUCACCAUUCAGUGGUACUUAAAGUUCUACCCGUGUCAGAAUGAGUUAAGGAAUAUCGAGGAGAUGUAUGAUAGAGUACCUCUGACUCGUGGGAACAGCCUGGACCCCAACCCUCAGCGAGUGGGCGAGUACAUCGAACACAAACACACCGACCUGAUCUGUAACAAGGGCCAGAGCACCUUCACCAUGCUCAAAAAAGCCAAGGCAGGGCCUCGCACUCAAGCUCCCCCUGCGAUCAAUGCCUCCCCAGAGUCCCCAGAAGUAGUGAACUACACCAGGUGGCUCACCGAAGAGAUUGUCAAUGUCAACAAAUCUGUGAAGCCCAAGGAUGACGUCAUCGCCAGCACAUGGAAGGACGGACCCUACCUACUGGUGGUCAGCAUCAAAUCCAACAAACCAGACGUCAAAUGGAACCUAACAGUGAACGUCAUCAUGAAAGGAUCCCAUGGCUUUAUAUCAGUCACCGAGUGGCCGCUCAUGAUUUUCUACAUGGUGAUGUGCAUCGCGUACAUCCUGUACGCGCUGCUGUGGUUCGUGUGGGCCGCCUGCUACUGGAAGGACCUGCUGCGCAUCCAGUUCUGGAUCGCCGGGGUCAUCUUCCUGGGCAUGGUGGAGAAGGCUGUGUUCUGCGCCGAGUACGAGAAUACCAACGCCGUCGGAUCGGCAUCUCAAGGCCUGCUGAUCUUUGCAGAGCUGCUCUCUUCCCUCAAGAGGACUCUGGCUCGCCUGCUGGUCAUCAUCGUGAGCCUGGGCUAUGGCAUCAUCAAGCCCCGCCUGGGGACGGUGAUGCACAGGGUGAUCGGGCUAGGCGUGCUGUACUUUGCCUUCGCUAGCAUCGAAGGAGUACUCAGGAUCACUGGGGCCAAGGACUCUGACCUGGCCUUGCUGGCCAACAUCCCCCUGGCUCUGCUUGACUCCUCUCUAAGCUGGUGGAUAUUUGUCAGCCUGGCACAAACCAUCAAGACUCUGAAGCUGCGGCGGAACCCCGUGAAGCUGUCCCUCUACAGACACUUCACCAACACGCUCAUCUUCGCCGUCAUAGCUUCCAUUAUUUUCAUGGUGUGGACAACAAGGAAGUUCAGACUGGCAGAGUGUCAGUCGGACUGGAUGGAGCUGUGGGUAGAGGACGCCUUCUGGAGGUUCCUGUUCUCCAUCAUCCUGCUGGUCAUCAUGUUCCUAUGGCGACCAUCCGCCAACAACCAAAGGUACGCCUUCACCCCCCUGAUCGACGACUCAGACGAUGACGAGGAGGUGGAGUUCCUCGCCUCGACCAACCUUUCGGAGGGGAUAAAGUUGAGAGCGGCCAAGAACGAGACGAACGGCACGGCCAAGCCUGCGCCCGCCACCGCGGAGGAAGACCUGAAGUGGGUUGAGGAUAACAUUCCGAGCUCCCUUUCAGACGUGGCUCUGCCAGUGCUGCUGGAUUCCGAUGAGGAGAUCAUGACCACCAAGUACGAGAUGUCCAAGAUGGAGUGAACUUGACACUUUUGCCCCCCACCCCCACCCCCCACACACACACACACACACACACACCCAAGACCCCACCGCACCAGAAGGAGGUUCCAGCACAAGCGGUGGUCUGACGGGGGGGGGGGGUCUCUCCGUCCCGUCAAGGGGGCUUUCCGCGUUCCUUCUCUGUUCUGUUUACCCGCGUUAAUGUGACGCAGCGCCCCGUGAUUCCUCCUGGUUCUCCCGACGAGCCGACCGGCCCCUCCGGUUAGACUGGGGAGGGAGACCCGCGCUUCGUCCCAUCCAGGUGAGCUCACCUCACCUGCAGAGAUCACCUGGUUCCCUCUGCGUCGUGGCGUUCAGAGAGCCCAGAGGUGGGCUUCAUGGUGAGCCUCUCCUCCGGCAUCGGGGAGACGGUAUCUCUGGGGCGGUCUUAUGUCCGAGACCCUGCGUCUCCCGCCGUCUUCUCUUCUGCGAUGGAUCGCCGCUCUGCCCCAGCAUUUGGAGCGGCAGCGGUCGUGUAUUAACAGAUUAAAUAUUUAUUUCUUUUUUAUUUUUCGUUUUUUUUCCGCGUGUGUGAAUUUAUAUCUAAUCUAAGAGCGAGUAGUUGACCACAUGCAUGAUCUCUAGUAAAGGAUUAUAUGUAUUUUUUGAUUUGUUUGCACAGUUUUAUACGGCGUCCUGUACAGUAAUGUAUGUGGUCGUAGGGACGGAUGCAGAGAUAAAUUGAAGUGGGUUGUGUACAGUGUUGGAGAUUAAAACGGAGACAUGUAUGGAAUGGAUCUAGUGAUUUUUUUUUUAAGUGCUUUUUUGUAAUUAAUAUAUUGGCCCACAAACGCUUUAUAUCAAUAAAUUGUAUUGUUUCAUGUUGUUCAGGUUAAAGUAUAUUGCAGUUAACUUGAAAAGGGCUUGUUUGCAGAUUAAGAUUAAUAGAUAAUAAGACUGUCGCAUUAUAGCAAAGCAAAAUGGGGAGUAGCCAAGAUUCCUGAAGUACCCUUUUCAACCGAUAGAGAACAUACAACAUCUAACAGGCUAGUCUUAAACACACCUAAAGCGAAGCUUAUGUUAUUGUGGAGGGCUGUUGGGAAUACUAUUUCUUUUAUUUAUUUGUGUUUUCAAGUGUACUUCAUUGUGUGGGACUUUUUAGUUUGAGUAAUGUUUACUCGAAAUCUAAAUGUAUGUGAAUGUGUGUUCCCCCUUUUGGUGGAUUAUUUGACUCGCGCCGUAAAAUGUAGUAAAUGAUGUCACCUUUUUUGGAAAAAUUGUCUUUUCUUUUCUGGAAAAAAAAAAUCGUUGUGGUGGAUUCUUAAACGGUGCUCUCCCCGUCAUAUUAGUUCUGCGUUUGUGGCGGCCCGAUCCAGCGUCCCCCCCGGCUGGCUCCUGGCUCUAUGCAACAGGUCCACGUUAUGGCACACCGUCGUCACCAUGGUUUUACAAUGUAGUUAUUAAGAUUCCUGUGUUUUCUAUAAAUCUAAAUAUGUGAAGGAAACCUGGAAUAAUCGCGUUUAUGAUGGCAAAGUGCUACUUUCUUCUCCCCCCUCUCCCUCUGGGUUGAUGUGUGGCAGUCUGCCCUGGACGGGUGAUUAUUUGUACAGAUGGGCUUUGGCUCCAUCCCGCUCUUUCCAAGCUGCACAGGUGGAGAGGUGUUCGCGUUCUGGGACCUUUUUCUUUUCAGGGGGUUCUUGAACUUUACGUGCGGUCGGGGGCUCUCCCUUCUCUUCGAUCUCUCCAGUUCGGACCCUCUCCGCAAACCAAAUUGUGUAAAGAGUCACAGGGGUCCCAUCUCUCUUACGUCUUCAAUAAAAUCUAUAUUUUUCCUUAAA